UGAAUAAUUUUUAAGAUGCGUUGCCGAUUUCCAAGCUGUCGCAUUCUCAGACUAAUGAUAUGGAGAAGUUUUAAGAAACAAAGAGAGCAUAAGUUAACAUUUUUCCUAGCUGCCCUAAUACCAUUGCUAUUUUCCAUUUUUAUUCUCGCUCUGCGAUCUCUGGCCAAUAUUGAUUCGGAUGAAGACACCAGCAGUACAAUGAAGAUCAUACACUAUGAACUCUGGUGGCAAAGACUUGUCAAUAAGAUAAAUUACCGGCGAGAUCAGAUGUCCAAGGAGCGUGCCGAUUUUGAAAGCAACGUUUUUGUGCCGAAGAUAACACUGGGCUAUGCUCCAAACUCGACGGCCGGAAUACGUAAACUGAUAGAAGGUGUCAUCCGUAGCAUGUCUAUGACGUCGGCACAAGUCUCCAGUUUUGCAGACUGCGAGGAACUACGAAUUCGAGCCUAUUCGGAUCAAUUUAUUGCCAGCAUUUGUUUUCACAAUGUGGAUGAGUCACAGCGUGGACUUCCGUUAAAACUACAUUUUUCGAUUUUAAUGCCAUCCGAAUUGAGGAACUAUGAGGACAGUUGGAUUGGCAAUAACUGGAAAGUGGAUAGUAUAUUUCAUUCUGGAGCCAAGGGCAAUAUGGAAACUGUUAAUAGCUCCAUUUCCAACUAUGUUCGAGAAGGAUUUAUAUCGCUUCAGUAUUAUAUUUGCAUUGAGUACCUGCAGAUAGCUUCCGGUAACGCCAAUGUACCAGAAGUCAUUCUCCGCGGCUAUUCCCUAAAUAAUAAUAUAUAUCAACUGUUAUCCCUGGGCGUUAAUACACCUGUGGUAGUGCUCUUGCUUGGAUUCAUGUUUCCUGUCACCAUCUUUGCAAAGGAAAUUGUAGAGGAUCGUGCUCUGGGCAUACAUUUCGCGUUAAACACGAACCAUCAAGCGACACGAUUACAAUUUGCUGUCUGGUACCUAAAUGGACUUUGCCUGUUGCUGGUGACAUGUCUGGUAUUCACGUUGAUGCUCAAGAUUAAUUGGGGCGGACAUUCAUCGUUCUUUAGCAAAUGUCCAUGGUCUAUAAUGCUCAUCUUUUUCGUCUCGUACGUUUUAUCAGCGGUCGCAUUUGCCAUACUUAUGGGCGUUAUAAUGGGCUCCUCUAAAAUGGUAGUGGCUGUUGUUCCAGUUUACUGGAUAUUAGCAUCGCUACCGUUACUCUCAGCCAAAUCGAUCGAAUCCACCUGGGGUUAUAUUCUCUUAAUAAUGGCUUCCAUUUUCCUGUGCAAUGUGACAAUGAGUCGAGGACUACGACGAAUCCUUUGCUUGGAAUAUGUGGAAGAAAUGAAUGUUAAACAAUAUUUAGUGUCCAGGAUCAUGACUGGCGACUCAACACUUUUAAUGUUUAUAUUUCUGUUUUAUGUACAGGCCUGUUUAUAUGUGCUAUUGGCAUUGGCCCUAGACGGUAAUAUCUGCCCCUGUCUACUAAGAUUGAUCAAGUGCACACCAUGUCGCGUAUUGUUCGUUAAGCUCCGAAGGUGGUGUAAACGACGAAAACGUCGAAGACAAGAGAAGAAAGAAACAGAAGCUGAACUUAAGGAGAAUCUAUCCCAGCGUUUAUCAGACAUCACCGAGCAGAGGGAACAAUUGACGGAAACGGUGCAUCUUUAUAAAGAAAGGGCGAUAAGUGAGCAACUGCCAACAAAUAGUAGUGUAGUACCUGGUCAAUCCAUUCAAAAACCCGAUGAGCCACCAAACCAAACCACAAAUAAAGAAACUAGUGACAGCAGCUAUAUCACUUCCAAUUCCAGCGACGAAUCAAUCACUGAUGCUCGACCCGCAAUGUCAGCCAAUAUGCCCGAACAGGAGCUUUUAAUUUGGCUGAGCGAACACGAACUGAGAAAGGAUGGUCACACUGAAAAAUCUACCAAAUAUUACUUACAACAAUCGCGCGUUGUGGAUAAACCACCCGAUAACAGUGAGGAGGAGGAGUACAUUGACGAGCUGGAAACUGAUGAAACCAGUCCGGUUGUCAUUGAGUUUAAAAAUGUUUGGAAGAAAUAUUCGAAAACUUUUGUGGUUCGUAACUUUACACUAAAAGUGUAUCAGAAUGAGACGAUUGUGCUACUGGGGCAUAAUGCCUCUGGGAAGACAUCAAUAUUGAAUAUGCUUUGUGGUGUAACAUUGCCAACGCUUGGUAGCAUUUCUAUAACCGGUUAUGAUGUGGUCAAACAAUCCUCGAGUGCCUACAGGCAUGUUGGAUUAUCCCUACAUAAUCUCAAUCUAUUCAGCGAGUUUACCUUUUCAGAGCAUAUCGUUUAUCUGUGCCGUUUGCGUGGCUUAUCGCUUGCCCAAUCGGAUAAUGAUGCCGCAUCCUAUAUGCGGUCAUUGAACGUGAAUCACCUGAAGAGCACACCUGUCAGCAUGCUCACAACUGGUCAGAAGCGACUCCUUCAGGUGCUAUGCGCCUUUGCGGGACGCACCAAAAUCGUGUUACUUGACAAACCAAUGGAGGGCGUUGACGCUGAAAAACGUGGCCUAUUCUAUAACUUUGCCCAGCGCGAGAGACAAAAUCGUACGAUAUUUUUAACCACAAACUUUCCUUAUAUGGCAAGAAAUCUGGCUGAUCGCAUCGGCAUUUUGAUCAACGGCAAAUUACAUGCCUGCGGCACUGAAAGGGCUCUUAUAAGGUUGGACAAGAAUGUAUAUCGUUUGAUGUGUUAUUUAGAGCCACAAUGUAAUUUUUCCAAACUUUUCAAUUAUUUCGCCUAUCAUAUACCAAGUAUUGAGAUGGAAUUGAAAAGGAGCGAUUCAGCAGUAUUUCUGGUGGAGCACUUUGACCUGAACAGAUUGUUGAAGCUGUUGAAUUUGCUGUCGAAAAACAAGAAAAGUCUGCAUGUGGAGAGCUUUCAACUGAUGACGCCCAAUGUGGAGAAUGUUCUACUCAAAGCCAUGAUGUACAAGCAUAAAAGACCUUUCAUCAAUUACACCCUGUUUAAUUUGGCAACUCGAAUACGUUUCGCCGAGGAUCUGCAACGUUCGAAGGCUUCAUUGGAUCCCGUGAUAGCUGCCAUCAAGCAUUUUCAUGAUCAUGCCACAGAUGGUCAGAGAAUCAUCGAUUUAGACUAUAAUGAUGAAUUCGUGGAUUACAUGAGGUUAUUUAUGACCCAGAACUAUCUAAUCACCGACCUUGAUUUCGUUUUAGCCGCCACUUUCACCGAUGACUACGUCGAGGCAUUAUUUAACAGUAAUCACGUUAAUUCCGCCCCCCUCAGCCUCACUCUCGUGAUGGAUGCAUUGGCAGUCGGCUUUGUUAAUCCCAGUUCGGGAAUCAAUGUGAAAUUGGAACUAUUACCCUUCUCUACCCUUCACACUGCACAUAUGGAAGAUGGGGUCGAACGUCUUGACUGGGUCUUUAAAGUUAUGACAAGCUUCUGUUUCUGUUUCGUUUGGGCGUUGCCAUUGCUCAAUUUUGGCUUAGGGCGUGGCACACCAUAUGGUCGACUUGAACUGAUUGCGGGUAUGCGCUUCAGCACCCUAAGUAUUGCCAACUUUAUUUAUGGCAUGUCCAAGGUCAUUCUCAGUCUAAUACCCCUAAAUGCAGUCAUGCUCAUGUUUAACAAUGUCCUGCCCUUAAAUACGUAUGAUAACUAUAAGCUCAUCUACAUAGUGCUGGUUGUCGGUCUAUAUGUUUUAUCAUUAGAUAUUUUGAUUUCCUAUUGGAUAUCAGAAAUGAGACUUGGUUACGUGAUAGUCAUACUGGUUUACUCGAUGGGCAUUUUAUUAUAUCUAACACUUUUUGAAACGCCCAAUGUUAAUGUAGAUGAUUUUGAUGCUAUCUUGAGCAUUCAUCCGUACUAUAAUCUAAUACAGAGUCUGAUGCAUACUGACAAUCUAUCGGAAAUAACCAUGAUAUGUUCCGAUGAGCAGAGCUUUGAAACGAGCGUCUAUUUGGAGCAGUGCCAGAAAAUACCAAAUUGCUGUGUGAAUCCACCGAAGGACUAUUUCGCUUGGGACCUUUUGUGGUCUACAUAUCUUCUUAUUCUUUUGAUCUGGACAGUUUUCUACGUAUUAAACUUCAUGAAUUCGUCGAAAUUGAAGCCACAGAAAAGGAUGGGCAAGGACAACAGAGACAGCAACCCUGACAGUUGCUAUGAUCAAAACGUGAUACAUUUCACUAACCGGAAUGAUAGGGACAAGACAUGGAUCAAAGAGAAAAUACGUACCCGUACACUGGAGCGACCGGUUAUAAUGAACAAGGCGUUAAAUGUAGAGAAUCUGGGUGUAUUCUUUGGGACAAAUGUGGUUCUGCACCGAAUAAACUUCUUAUUGGAGCGCCAUCAAGUCUUGUGUGUGAUUGGUGUCAAUGGAUCGGGUAAAACGGUGCUGAUCAAAUCCCUUUUGGGAACAGUGGCGCACAGUACGGGCACGAUCCACAGCUAUUGUAAUCCCUUCUAUCGACGCGAGGAAGAUGCAAAUUGUAUGCAUCUGGCGUAUUGUCCACAAGAUGACGACAUCAAAGAUGCAUUAACAGUAACGGAGGUUCUUCAGUUUGUACUCAUUAUACGGGGACUGAAUAAAGACAGUGUAUUCAACGAGACAAGCAACUUGUUGCGAAUGUUUGAUCUGUACAACAGUCGCUUCCACUUGUUGCACAACUGCAGUCGAGGCGUGUUGAAGCGACUUAACAUUGCAAUUGCCCUGAUUGGCUAUGCGGGUCUCAUUUUGAUGGACGAUCCGUUCUCGUACCUCGAUGCAUGCAGUUGGCGAAAUAUUUAUUCUAUUCUCGAAUCCCAAUGCGAGCACGGCCAGGCGGUGCUCUAUACCAGCACGGAUCCCCGAUACUCUGACUUGUCUAACAGGACGGCCAUUCUGCAGUCCCCAACUCUGGCCAUCAUCGGGGACAGACAAGAGCUUCAGCUGGAGCACUUUGCGGCGUUCUUUGUUGUCGAGACGCAUAUUAAUAUUCACAAGUUUAAGCAAAAUGAAUCGUCGGAGUCGUUGGGAAAUUGGCCCAGUGAGAAUAAGUGGUAUUACAUGCAGACAUGUUCAAUAGUUGAACACAUCUUUCCGCAUGCAAUCAUCAAAUCCAGAAACAGGCAUAUGGUAUCUUUUUGGCUUUCAAGCAAGACGUAUUCCAUGUCGCAUAUCUUGGAGACACUCCACAAGAACAUGAAUACCUUCUACGCGUAUUCAAUUCAAACGCCUUCUAUUAAAUCCAUAUUUGGAAACAUGGUCGAGGAGGCAAAUAGUAGGAUCGUGACUAUAUCUGAGGAUGAAGAUAGUGAACUCUUAUUGGCAAAUUAAUCGAACAUUCAAAGAUUUUGACAAGUCCUAGAGGAUUUCGACUACUUUGUAUUAUGUCCUUUGUUCAACUUUUAAACUUAGGCUAGCUUAAGUUUGGGCUUGGCCCAUAUAAAGUACUCUUGAUUUUAUAUGUGAAC